AUGACCUCGUGGAUUUGGAUGCAAGGAGUAGACAAGGCGUUGGUGGACAAAGCCAUUGAUCCAGUAUCACCCGAAGAUGAUCGUCCUUCUGUCAUUGAUUUGAUUCAAGAGCAUGCCGAUACCAUUGAAAAAGUCCGACUUGGGUUGCAAGAGGAUCCUCUCUUUGACAAGACCAAGCACGACGAUUUGUGGAUUUUGCGCUUUGUGCUGAGUCACAAAAGCAAGAUGAAACGAUGCGUUCAAGCAGCUAAAACGACCUUGGAGUUCCGUGAGAAGUACAAACUGGAUGGCAUCGAUCUGAGACAUUUCGAACCACCCCAUUUUGAGUCCAAGGAUUUGGCCAUUGGUGGAAGCCCGUCUGUUGCCCACAGCACCAGUUUGCGGUUUCCCAAGGGAGCUCUUACAUUGACUAUCCCUAACAGACAACUGGGAACUGUGUCCUUUAUGCAGUUUGCUGAAAUAGCCAAGGGGGAUUUACAAGCGGCCAAAACUCUGUCGGAUGUGGAUUGGAAUGCUCCUUUCAUUGCCAUGUCGGAAUGGAGUUUUCAAUGGCUCGAUUAUAUCACCCGAACCACUGGACGAUUGACUAAAAAUGUUCGCUUUUUGAACUUUCAAGGCGUUAGCUUUUCUGCCAUCAACAACAGAAAAGCUGGCAGUCGGGAUGGCAAAAUCAUGGGAGAGAUGGAAGAUGUCUACCCCCAAUUGCUGCAUGCAAUUUACAUUUACGAGGCCCCACAUUGGAUUCAUGUCAUUUGGUCCAUGGUUCGACGUAUCAUGCCCAAGCGAGUGGUGGAGAAGAUAGAUGUGGUCGAACCCAAGACGAAUGCAGAUGAAUUGAAAAAGAUCUUAAGAUUUGUAGACCUGAAGACGUUACCUCAAUCCUUGGGUGGCAAGAAUACAGUGCCGCCGAAUGAAUGGCCAGUACUGGGAUAA